AUGGCGGAUCGGACAGCUCCCAGCUGCCAGCUCCGGCUGGAGUGGGUGUACGGGUACCGGGGUCACCAGUGCCGCAACAACCUGUACUACACCGCCGGCAAGGAAGUAGUCUACUUUGUGGCUGGCGUCGGGGUGGUUUACAGCACCCGCGAGCACAGCCAAAAAUUCUUCUUGGGACACAACGACGACAUUAUCAGCCUUGCCUUACACCCAGAUAAAACCCUUGUUGCAACUGGCCAAGUUGGGAAGGAGCCAUAUAUAUGUAUAUGGGACUCCUAUAAUGUCCAGACUGUGUCUAUUCUUAAAGAUGUCCAUACACAUGGAGUCGCCUGCCUGGCUUUCGACUCGGAUGGACAGCGUUUAGCCUCUGUGGGAUUGGAUGCCAAAAACACAGUCUGCAUUUGGGACUGGAGGAAGGGAAAACUUCUGGCCUCAGCCACUGGCCACUCCGACCGGAUUUUUGAUAUUUCCUGGGAUCCAUAUCAGCCAAACAGAGUGGUUAGCUGUGGAGUGAAACAUAUAAAGUUUUGGACACUCUGUGGAAAUGCCCUGACUGCAAAAAGAGGGAUAUUUGGCAAAACAGGGGAUCUUCAGACCAUCCUUUGCCUUGCAUGUGCCAAAGAAGACAUCACCUACUCUGGUGCUUUAAAUGGCGACAUCUAUGUCUGGAAAGGGCUCAAUUUAGUCCGCACGAUUCAAGGAGCACAUAGUGCUGGAAUCUUCAGCAUGUAUGCUUGCGAAGAAGGCUUUGCCACUGGUGGACGAGAUGGGUGUAUACGAUUAUGGGAUACUGAUUUCAAACCAAUAACCAAAAUUGAUCUCAGGGAGACAGAACAAGGAUAUAAAGGCCUCUCUAUCCGGAGUGUGUGCUGGAAAGCAGACCGCCUUCUAGCAGGGACCCAGGACAGCGAGAUAUUUGAAGUGAUCGUGCGAGAACGGGACAAGCCAAUGCUGAUCCUGCAGGGCCACUGCGAGGGGGAGCUCUGGGCUCUGGCCCUGCACCCCAAGAAGCCGCUGGCUGUGACAGGCAGCGAUGACCGCUCUGUCAGGCUGUGGAGCCUGGCAGACCAUGCCUUGAUCGCCCGCUGUAACAUGGAGGAAGCCGUUCGAAGCGUUGCUUUCAGCCCCGAUGGAUCUCAGUUGGCCCUGGGCAUGAAGGACGGAUCUUUCAUUGUUCUCCGAGUCAGAGAUAUGACAGAAGUGGUUCAUAUCAAAGAUCGAAAAGAAGUCAUUCACGAAAUGAAAUUUUCUCCAGAUGGUUCUUAUCUGGCAGUGGGAUCCAAUGAUGGCCCUGUAGAUAUCUACGCUGUCGCCCAGCGAUAUAAGAAAAUAGGAGAAUGCAACAAGUCUCUCAGUUUCAUCACACACAUUGACUGGUCUUUGGAUAGUAAAUACUUGCAAACUAAUGACGGUGCUGGAGAACGGCUGUUCUACAAAAUGCCAUCUGGGAAGCCUUUAACAAGUAAAGAAGAAAUCAAAGGGAUUCCCUGGGCCUCCUGGACAUGUGUGAACGGCCCAGAAGUGAGUGGGAUUUGGCCAAAAUACACUGAUGUCACUGACAUCAACUCAGUGGAUGCAAAUUACAACAACUCAGUACUGGUGUCUGGAGAUGAUUUUGGACUGGUUAAAUUGUUUAAGUUUCCUUGUCUCAAGAAAGGAGCCAAAUUUAGAAAGUAUGUGGGUCAUUCUGCACAUGUCACAAACGUCCGCUGGUCUCAUGACUUUCAGUGGGUAUUAAGCACAGGAGGGGCUGACCACUCGGUUUUCCAGUGGAGAUUUAUUCCAGAAGGUGUCAGCAAUGGCCUGCUGGAAACAGCACCCCAGGAAGGUGGCUCCGAUUCCUAUAGUGAAGAAUCUGAUUCGGAUUUAUCUGAUGUGCCGGAGUUGGACUCUGAUAUUGAGCAAGAAACUCAAAUCAAUUAUGAUCGCCAGGUUUACAAGGAAGAUCUACCUCAGCUAAAGCAACAAAGUAAAGAGAAAAACCAUGCAGUGUCCUUCCUCAAACGAGAAAAGGCUCCUGAGGACAGCUUGAAACUCCAGUUCAUACAUGGCUAUAGAGGCUACGAUUGUAGAAACAAUCUGUUCUACACACAAUCUGGAGAAGUGGUCUAUCACAUUGCUGCAGUUGCUGUCGUGUACAAUAGGCAACAACACUCCCAGAGGCUGUACCUGGGACAUGAUGAUGACAUUCUCAGCCUGACCAUCCAUCCAGUGAAGGACUAUGUGGCCACUGGGCAGGUUGGGAGAGAUGCUGCUAUUCACGUGUGGGACACGCAGACUCUAAAAUGUUUGUCACUGUUGAAAGGACAACAUCAGAGAGGAGUGUGUGCGCUCGAUUUUUCAGCCGAUGGAAAAUGUCUGGUGUCGGUUGGUUUAGACGAUUUUCACAGUAUUGUAUUUUGGGACUGGAAAAAGGGAGAAAAGAUAGCCACCACCAGAGGACAUAAAGAUAAGAUAUUUGUGGUAAAGUGUAACCCACACCAUGUUGACAGACUGGUUACGGUUGGGAUCAAGCACAUCAAAUUCUGGCAACAAGCAGGUGGGGGCUUCACUUCUAAAAGAGGAAUUUUUGGAAGUGUUGGAAAGUUAGAAACAAUGAUGUGCGUUUCUUAUGGGCGAAUGGAAGAUCUGGUGUUCUCAGGAGCAGCUACUGGAGAUAUUUUUAUUUGGAAGGAUAUUCUCCUAUUAAAGACAGUGAAAGCUCAUGACGGGCCCGUGUUUGCUAUGUAUGCAUUGGAUAAGGGUUUUGUAACAGGUGGAAAGGAUGGAAUCGUGGAACUCUGGGAUGAUAUGUUUGAAAGAUGCUUGAAGACUUAUGCCAUUAAAAGAGCAGCAUUGUCAACCAGCUCAAAAGGCUUGCUUUUGGAAGAUAACCCUUCAAUUCGUGCCAUCACUUUGGGACAUGGACAUAUCCUGGUGGGAACGAAAAAUGGAGAGAUCCUGGAAAUUGACAAGAAUGGCCCAAUGACACUGCUCAUUCAGGGGCACAUGGAAGGAGAAGUAUGGGGGCUGGCGGCUCACCCUCGCCUGCCUGUCUGCGCAACAGUGAGCGACGAUAAAACACUGCGGAUCUGGGAACUGUCCUCCCAGCACCGUAUGCUGGCAGUACGGAAACUCAAAAAAGGUGGAAGAUGCUGUGCUUUCUCCCCUGAUGGGAAAGCCUUAGCAGUUGGCUUGAAUGAUGGGAGUUUCCUGGUUGUAAAUGCCGACACUGUUGAAGACAUGGUCUCCUUCCAUCACAGAAAAGAAAUGAUCUCUGACAUUAAAUUUUCAAAAGAUACAGGAAAAUACCUUGCUGUGGCGUCCCAUGAUAACUUUGUGGAUAUUUACAACGUCCUUACAAGCAAAAGGGUUGGCAUCUGUAAAGGUGCUUCUAGUUACAUUACACACAUUGACUGGGACUCUAGAGGGAAAUUACUGCAAGUUAAUUCAGGUGCCAAAGAACAACUCUUUUUUGAAGCUCCAAGAGGCAAACGGCACAUAAUAAGACCUUCAGAGAUUGAGAAGAUAGAGUGGGACGCUUGGACCUGUGUGCUGGGGCCCACCUGUGAGGGCAUCUGGCCAGUGCACAGUGAUGUGACUGAUGUGAAUGCUGCCAGUCUCACCAAAGACCAUUCCCUCUUAGCCACAGGAGAUGAUUUUGGUUUUGUUAAGCUUUUUUCAUAUCCUGUCAAGGGCCAGCACGCGAGAUUCAAGAGGUACGUGGGGCACAGUGCCCACGUCACCAACGUGAGAUGGCUGCACAACGACUCUGUGCUACUCACGGUGGGCGGUGCCGACACGGCCCUGAUGAUCUGGACGAGGGAGUUUGUGGGGACCCAGGAGAGCAAGCUGGUGGACAGCGAGGAGUCGGACACUGACGCAGAGGAGGAUGGAGGCUAUGACAGUGACGUUGCUAGAGAAAAGGCCAUCGAUUACACCACCAAGAUCUAUGCUGUGAGCAUCAGGGAAAUGGAAGGCACCAAACCACACCAGCAGAUGAAAGAAGUUUCAGUGGAAGAAAGACCACCCGUUAGCAGAGCAGCUCCCCAGCCUGAGAAACUCCAGAAGAACAGUAUCACCAAAAAAAAGAAACUGGUUGAGGAGCUGGCUCUCGACCACGUGUUUGGCUACAGAGGGUUUGACUGUCGCAAUAACCUGCAUUACCUGAAUGACGGUGCUGACAUCAUCUUCCACGCGGCCGCGGCCGGCAUCGUUCAGAACCUGUCCACAGGGAGCCAGAGCUUCUACCUGGAGCACACGGAUGACAUCCUCUGCCUCACGGUGAACCAGCACCCCAAGUACAGAAACGUGGUGGCCACCAGCCAGAUAGGAGCAACACCUUCCAUCCACGUGUGGGACGCCAUGACCAAACACACCCUCUCCGUGCUGCGGUGCUUCCACUCGAAGGGGGUGAAUUACAUCAACUUCAGCGCAACCGGGAAGCUGCUGGUGUCAGUGGGCGUGGACCCCGAGCACACCAUCACCGUCUGGCGCUGGCAGGAGGGUGCCAAGGUUGCUAGCCGAGGGGGCCACCUGGAGCGCAUAUUCGUGGUGGAGUUUCGCCCUGACUCAGACACGCAGUUUGUGUCUGUCGGAGUCAAGCACAUGAAGUUCUGGACCCUGGCAGGCAGUGCCCUGCUUUAUAAGAAAGGGGUCAUCGGGUCCAUGGAGGCUGCCAAGAUGCAGACGAUGCUCUCCGUGGCCUUCGGUGCUAACAACCUCACUUUCACGGGUGCCAUCAACGGCGACGUCUACGUGUGGAAGGACCACUUCCUUGUCCGGCUGGUGGCCAAGGCUCACACAGGCCCCGUCUUCACAAUGUACACGACCCUUCGGGACGGGCUCAUAGUGACCGGUGGAAAAGAGCGGCCGACCAAAGAAGGAGGUGCUGUGAAACUGUGGGACCAGGAGAUGAAGCGCUGCCGGGCCUUCCAACUGGAGACGGGGCAGCUGGUGGAGUGUGUGCGCUCUGUGUGCCGUGGCAAAGGAAAGAUUUUAGUGGGAACCAAGGAUGGAGAAAUCAUUGAAGUUGGUGAAAAAAAUGCUGCUUCCAACAUCCUGAUUGAUGGACACAUGGAAGGGGAGAUCUGGGGCCUGGCCACACACCCCUCCAAGGACAUCUUCAUCUCUGCCAGUAACGACGGCACAGCCCGAAUCUGGGACCUGGCUGACAAGAAGCUGCUAAACAAGGUGAACCUGGGCCACGCGGCCAGGUGUGCAGCCUACAGCCCUGACGGGGAGAUGGUGGCCAUUGGCAUGAAGAAUGGAGAGUUUGUCGUCUUGUUGGUGAACAGCCUGAAAGUUUGGGGGAAGAAACGAGACCGGAAAUCUGCUAUCCAAGAUAUCAGAAUCAGCCCAGACAGCAGAUUCUUAGCUGUUGGUUCUUCUGGACACACAGUUGACUUCUAUGACCUCACUCAGGGCACAAGUCUGAACCGCAUCGGCUACUGCAAAGAUAUCCCGAGCUUUGUCAUUCAGAUGGAUUUUUCCGCAGAUGGCAAAUACAUCCAGGUGUCAACAGGAGCCUACAAGCGCCAGGUGCAUGAGGUCCCCCUGGGGAAGCAGGUCACUGAAGCCACGGUCAUUGAGAAGAUCACCUGGGCCUCCUGGACAAGCAUUCUGGGAGACGAAGUCAUUGGCAUCUGGCCACGAAACGCAGACAAGGCUGAUGUCAACUGCGCGUGUGUGACCCACGCUGGCCUGAACAUUGUCACGGGAGACGACUUUGGGCUCGUGAAGCUCUUUGAUUUCCCAUGCACAGAGAAAUUUGCCAAGCAUAAGCGUUACUUCGGUCACUCGGCUCACGUGACAAACAUCCGUUUCUCUCAUGACGACAAGCACGUGGUCAGCACUGGAGGAGACGACUGCAGCGUGUUCGUGUGGCGAUGCCUGGAAGUGCCAGAGUCCUCUUACGUUAUGGCUGCUGCUGCCGCCAGCCACCGCGGAGGCAGUGAUGACGUGCCUCCUGGCCGCCAGCUGCUGGGAAAGGCCUACGACACCGCAGGCCGUACAGGCUCCAAGUGCUAG